ACUAUCACGCAAAGACAAGCAAAACUGACCUGGUACCAAACAUUUCUAUGGAUCGAGUUAGUACUUUGCGCUCUCCCAAACCCCCUCGCAAAAGACAUGCGAAAAACGAAUUGAUUCAGUGUCCAAGASUGGGAAAUUACAACAGCAAUUCGAAGAAAUGCCGAAUUCGCUUGAAUGUAGGUGGUAUAUAUUUUGAAAUUCUACAAACAAAGUUAUUGCAAUUUCCUGAUACACUCCUUGGAGGCGAUAGAAAAGAGUUUUACUACGAUGAAGAAAGGAAAGAAUAUUUCUUUGAUCGCGAUCCUUUGACGUUCAAGUAUGUGUUGGAUUUUUAUCGUACAGGGAAGUUUCACAUAUCAACCCCUGAUUGCAUGGAGUCAGUACGAGACGAGUUGAACUUUUUUGGUAUUCCAGAAGCAUUCGUUUCGGAAUGUUGUUGUGAGCACAUCGCCUUUGAAAAAGGAGAAGAGGAGGAAUCAUUAGAUAGUCACAAAGUCCAACCGCACGACCACGACGGUAGGAGGAAAUUGUAUAAAUUUUUAACUGAAUUCGACAGCUCGCUCUGGGCUACUUUCUUUAGCUACUUUUUUGUGAUUGUUGUCAUUAUAAACAUUUGCCUGAUUGUGAGCGAGACGUUGGAAUGCGAAAACUUCAAAAAAUGUGGUGACCACUACACGACCCUCUACUUUGUUGUGGACUCGUUCUGUGUUGCAGUUUUCACGUUUGAAUAUUUUGCACGACUCUUUUCGUGUCCCAACCGCAUCGAAUUUAUGAAAGAAUACUCGAACGUUGUGGACUUAAUUGGGAUUUUACCGUACUACAUCGGGAUUGUCGAGAGAAUCAUCAAUACAAGAAACCUCACUUUGCUGUCAGUCAUCACAACUUUGAGAAUUUUCAGAAUUUUUCGGGUGAUCAAGUUGGCCCGCCAUUCUGAACAGUUUCAAAACCUUCUUCACUCUAUUUGGCAAGCUGGUGGAGAACUCGGAGGAAUUCUGUUCUCGUUUCUUGCUCUUAUGGUCGUGUUCUCCUCCAUUAUAUAUUUUGUGGAAGAUGGCGGCGCCGACAAUCCUGAUGGAUUUACGAGUAUUCCCAGUGCAUUCUGGUAUACUUUGGUUACCAUGACGACACUCGGGUACGGUGACAUGUAUCCAACAACGACAGUCGGGAAGCUUAUCGGAUCUGCMUGUGCUUUGGCAGGAGUUGUGUUAUUAGCMUUACCUGUACCGAUCAUAGAAGAAAAGUUGAACGAAAACAACAGAAAGCUGAAUCGAAAGAAAGAAUCAAAGAUGAUGACAGUCACUGACAAGCUGASCAAAAGGCUUGCGGUCUCCCUUGCAUCUCUCAGAAGCUUCCAAAAGCGAUUGCGGCAAGCUACUUCCCAGUCUAGCUUGGCCGUGGAGGUAUCAUACGRCGAAACAACGGAAACAAAACGAUCGAUCGAUGAUUUAUCGAUUGAUGAAUCUUCAUCCGGAGAUGAAACGAUCAAAGCAUCGUGUAAUGAAAUACCUUUUAUGCAUCAAAUUGAGGUGCACCCCAAUCCAUCGUGCAAUACAAGCAAUCAUUCUACGCCUUCUCCGCAAAGCUACCUGGGAUCGUAUGAGUCAAUGAAGUAUAGUUCAAGUGACAUGGGAUCAAAUGAAUCCUGUAACGACAAAAUAGAGUUACARACCAUCAACGCGGAUUCUGUUUUUAAGCCAUGCGCACUGAUUCGCCAAGGUUAUUUGGAGGAGCCGUUUACAGAAAAACCUGGGACUAAUAUCGAAACCGCUGACUAUGCAUCAGAUCACCGAAAAAGUGAACAAGAAAAUGAAUUUUCACGCGGUUGGAUCUCGUCGAUUUAAAAACUUUUCCUUAGACUUCUAAUGAUAUUUCCCUGUCUGAUGAUUUUGCUAAUUACCAUCAUCUUUAUAGAACACAAAUAUCUUAAUCUGUUCAGGGAGUCUCGCCUGGUUAAAUUCUCUAGUCAUAUCAAUAGUUUAAAUGUUCCUUUUCGAUACAAUCGACACCAUCAUGACAGAUCUUUGUCUGAUUCGAUAUAGAUUCGAUUCGAGUGCAACUCUAUGCGACAAAUAUGACUGAUAUAUAAUCGAUUUUCUCUACGAAAUAUUAGGAUUAUAUUCGAUUCGAAUUCAACUCUAUGCGACAAAUAUGACCAAAAUACGACGAUAUUCGAUUCGAAUUCAACUCUAUGCGACAAACAUGACCAAUAUACAACGAUAUUCGACUCGAAUUCAACUCUAUGCGACAAAUAUGAUCGAUAUACGACUAUAUUCGAUUCGAAUUCAACUCUAUGCGACAAAUAUGAUCGAUAUAUACAUGGAAACCAUGAGAAAAUUAAGACAUUAUGAUAGUAUAUUUCAAAUAAUUUUUUGGAUUUGUGAAAAUGUCCGCAAAAAGGCCACAUGAACUGAUGUUUCUGCCUCCAAUCACCGAUACAAACCAAUCGGGCACUGUAUCAUUUAGCUUGGCUGCGGCUGUGAAAAUACUUAAAAUCAUUUUUUCCCUAAUAG